UGCGAGUGGGAGUUACCCUAGGCAGAGGAGGCGAGCGCGUACUGCUCACGCGUUGGAGCCGAGGCGAGCGCCCGGAGAAGAAGGGGAAGGACGAUGUCUUGGCAGACGUACGUUGACGACCAUUUGUUGUGCGACAUCGAUGGCCAGUGUCUCACGGCCGCCGCCAUCGUCGGCCACGAUGGCAGCGUCUGGGCCCAGAGCGACGCCUUCCCUCAGUGCAAGCCUGAAGAGAUUGCUGCAAUUAUGAAAGACUUCGAUGAACCUGGGUCUCUUGCUCCAACUGGUUUAUACCUUGGUGGGACGAAGUACAUGGUUAUCCAAGGGGAACCAGGAGCUGUUAUUCGAGGGAAGAAGGGUUCUGGCGGUGUCACCAUCAAGAAAACCAAUCUGGCUUUGAUCAUUGGCAUAUAUAAUGAGCCCAUGACGCCUGGUCAAUGCAAUAUGGUAGUGGAGAGGCUUGGCGACUAUCUCUUUGAUCAGGGCUUUUGAACAUGGCCAUGGAGCCCCAAUCCUUUUCUGCCGGUCGUGUCUUUGGUGUUAAAUCCUUGGAUGGACUUUAUGGAGUCUAUUUCUGCCAGUCGUGUCGUUGGUGUUAAACCCUUGAAUCUACCUGAACUUGCAAUGAGCGUGAGGAAUAACGAGCUUGUGGUCUAUUUUGGGCGUUUUGUUGCAAAAUCUGGUUGUUAUUUGUACCUGUUUGUGUAAACUACUACGUUGAGAGACCUCUCUUCUGUAACAUUUAUCAUGCUUGUCGUCUUUCUCUUCA